AUGACCACACGUGCUUUCACAAAAGAAAAACAUUCAGAUUUUUUGCAAACUUUAUGAGAAAAAAUUGAAAUUACGUGAAAAUGGGAAAAGGAAAACACAAGAAAGUCCUUCGAUCUGAAAAGGCAAAGGUCAAGUUGAAGGGAGCAAAACUCCCCAAAGGUCAAAACAUUACAAAAACUGACUUUAAAGUGAAAAAAAUCCUCAUCCGGGAACAAUUGAAGGAAGCUGGAGAUUCUCAGGUGCUCCAGAAGGUGAACAUCAAAGAUCUAAUUGGGAAGUUGCGUCACAACAACUCCUCAAUUAAGCAAGAAACCCUCAAGAGUAUCCGGGAGACAGUGACCUCAUCCCCUGGGGAUUUAUUCCCAAAACAUCUUGGGGAAGUUUUGCAGACUGUUGGGCAACUUUGUCUGGACAUUGACAAGGAAGUUCGCCGGGAGAGCUUUCGCUGCCUUCAGGCACUCUUCGGGGCAAUUGACGUUGCCCUUGUGGAGCCCUUCUUUGACAUGCUCUCCUCCUAUUUGCGCUGUGCCAUGACACACCUGCAGAAUCCCAUUCAGGAGGAUUCUCUCCUCCUCCUUGACGUUCUCCUGCACAGUGUCCCGCAUCUCGUGGCAAAGGAUAGUGAUCGUAUCUUUGGGAACUUCCUGGACAUGGUGUCAAAGCUUCGUUCUGAAUCCCAGCCCGGAAGAACCCUUUCGCUGAAUUUGGGGAAGAAAAUCACAGCAGUUAAGUGGAGGAUUCGUGUCCUGGAGAGACUUCAGAGGCUCCUCCAAGCCCUCAAUGCUUCCCUGACAUGUGCAGACACUGAAACAGCCACAAAGAGCAUAAAUUUAAACCCAAAUGAUUCAGCUUUCUAUGCUCCAAUCAUCCGGAAGCCGCAGGAAAUGUGGUUCGUGGAGAUUUCUGGGCUUUUUAUCAAUGAAAUGUCUUCGCUGAAGAAGAAAAUUUCCAGUGGAGACUUCAGUGAGGCAAAGAAAGCAACAUUCUAUGUGGAGCAAAUGGUACCACUUCUCGUGGAAACUUGGCUGGAGAUUCGUCCCCAAAACACUGGAAAAGCUCAAGGAGUCCUCGGACAGGAAGCUGCCAAUACCUUCUCCCUCAUUCUGGGCAUCUUUCACGAACUCUGGGCAAUGGUGGUGCGUUGUGACGAGCAAAAUCAGAGCCAGGAAAUGCAAAAUUGGCUCCGGAAAACCCACAGUCGUGACUUUUGUCAAACCUUCAUGAUUGGCUUCCCCUUCAGCUUCACCGAUAAAUCCCAUUCAGCUCAGGAGGAGAAUCUUCGUCUCUGCCACCUCUUUUGCUGCCUCUGCGCCACCCCCACGGAGCAAAUGCACGAGAUAAUUGAUUACACGAGUGCUUGUCUCACGAGGACCCACAGUGCACAGAGUUGGGGAUGUUUGCUCAAAGUAUUGCGGAUUAUUGUGGUGGAAAAUGGGAAAAGUUCACCGGCGCAAGCGAGGAAACUUUGUGAGAAAUUGCUGAGUCUCCACACAAAGCUUCCUCCUCCCGCGUGCCAGCUGCGUGGGAGGAUUCUUCUACUCAUUUGUCAUGCAAUCACCACAGGGGGUGUCUUGGACAAGGACUCCCUGCUGCCGUGGUUCCAACGAAUGCGUCACACCCUGUGCCACGAGGAGAAACUCCCGGAGGAUCUUAUUGAUGCUCUGGGGAGACUUUAUACAAUAAGCAGGGAAUUUGUCUUGUACCUGGGACAGGAACUACCCUCAAUUCUCAUCAAUAUUUCACGCGUGGAAAUAACAGAGAGCACCAAUGCCCUUCAAUCGAAGAGAAAACUCCUGAAUUUCCUCUUUUGGCUUCCGGGAAAAAUUGCUGCCAAAGAAAUUGAACUUUUGGGGGAUGAGGAUCUCAGGAAGUACGUCCAGGGACUCAAUUGCAGUAAGAAAUCUUAGGCAAUAAUUGUUGAUUUGUUUAAUUUUAUAGGACUGUAUGAAAAGUUUAAGAAAUAGAGAUAUUUUCUUAUGAA